AUGGAUUACCCAGUGCUGGACCUAUUUUUGGAGAACGAUGGCUUGAACCAAUCGUUUGUGGAGGAAGAGUGUAGCUAUCGAAAGACGAGAAUCAAGAACAAUCAUCUUGAUGCAACAUAUGGAUACAUGGAGGAAUUAGAUGCAGCUCUACGAGAUAAAUAUGGGCACUGCUCGUCAUCGAAGUCGCCCCACUCCAGUGUAGUUCUUCGCGAUUCCGAUCCAUCGGGUGACAUUGAGGAGAUUCUAUCGAAGGCGGUUUGUGAUCGGGUCUCGAUCUCGGCACUUCAUAACGACGACUCACAACAAUCAUCGAAUCCGGUGGAACAGUUAGAAGCCAAACCUGAACAUGCGAAGUUGGACGAAAGCGCAGAUGAGAAUACACUAAUUGUGCCGAGACAGUCGCUUGCAACGCUUAGGCGUCAAUCCGAAAUGGUAGCCAAGCCUGCGUUUACCAAUCAAUCGAUCACACACAAGGGUCUGGCGUUCCAUUCGGGGAUCAUUCUGACGUCGGUUCUGCUGAAGAACAAGACCAUGGAGGUGUUUCGAGACGUAACCAUGCAGCAAAAUCAGAUAAAGUGUGACCUUCAGACGAUGCUUAGCUUACAGAAGUUCGAAAUGAAACAGUCUACGAACAACGAAAAUAUGCUGUGCUUUCGGGUUGUUAUGAGACUGCAGAAGGUACAUAAGCCAUCUGAUCCAGGGUUGGUAAGUCCCAACAAUAGAAUUCAAAACGUACGCUUCCGAACCCAAUCUCAUUCGUUUGGAUUUCGCAAUAAUAGCGACUAUGACACUUGGGUAACGAAGAUAAUCCAAUCGCUGACGAAUGUCUUUCCUGAAAAUUGUCUGAAGGAUUUUACCGUAUUUGGAUGGUGUUACCUAAGAAAUUCUGUAUCAGGAGUGUGGAGUGGAGCUUGGGCUCUACUGGUGAAACGAACCCUAUAUAUAUACUGCGAUCAAGAUCGACAAUUGAAGCAGUUGGAUCUAAGGAAGGCUCGUUGCAUCCGGGAGGUCCAGUCUGACGAUUCAAUCGAAACCCUCUUCGUAGAAACUGGUCCAUCGAUGUUCAUUGACUGUCCACCGUACAACUCGAUGUACUUCAUCAUGGGAACUGCGAAUGAAACUCAAAAUUGGAUCAAGAUGACCCAGGAAUCGUCCUGUGACAAUGGUGAUACCCUCGAGAGUCAACAACUGACCGAAAAUGAUGUCCCUGUAUUGGUCGAAAAGUGCAUCAACUUCAUCUACCUUCACGGCUUUCGAGCCCAAGGAAUCCAUCGUGUGUCCGGAGUCCUCACCAAAGUCAACACACUACUGGACGCUUUCAAGAAGAACGCAUUCGAAGUUCAGUUGCCGUGUCUUGAGUGUAAUGUACAUGACGUUGCCAGUGCUUUGAGGAAAUUUAUCCGUGACAGCCCAACUUCGAUCUUUGGAACCUACUCGGUCAGGCUGGUGAGCAUCGUGGCCGUUGAAUCCAUUACCGACCGAGUUCUCUUCUACAAGGAAAUCCUGUCAAAACUGUCAGCGAUCGCGUACAACACACUAAAGAUGGUAAUCGGUCAUCUCAAACACAUCGCAUCACAAGAUCAGUACAACAAAAUGGGAGUUGCUGGCCUAACCACCAUCUGGAGCGCAACUCUACUCUCUAGCUUUGAAUUCCAAACAUCCAUUAGUGAUGGUCAGCAUAGUGUAAAUCAAAACAACAUGAUCAGUGACUUGAUCAUCCAUUAUAGUGACAUCUUCAUGGUUUCCCCUGAGGAACAAUCCAGAGAAGCAAGGUUGCUCCACGCUCUUGUAAAGAUCUACGAAGCCAACGAAAAUCAGCAAAGUCUAGUGAAAUCGGCCUCCGGUCUGCAGGUAUGGAUCACAAUCGACGAUGGCACAAGUACCAACGAUAAACUUCAACAGAGUGUAUUGCUAACUCUGGAAAUGACUGCCGCUGACGUCUGCAAGCAACUUGCGGAUAAAAUCAAAAUUCCAUGGCAUGAGCUGACCUUAUAUGAAAUAAUCGGUAUCUACCGGAUGGUUCGGCCUCUGCAUCACACUGAACCAGUCCUACCAGCUGUUCACAAGUGGACAAAAUGGGCCGAAGAGGAUUGCAUAAACAACUUCCUAACGAUUCGACCGAUAUCAACCCUGAACGACAUCCGUCGAUGCAUUUGUGAAUCUCCGGGAAUGAUGGCAUAUGCCGAGCUUUACUUUGCCAACAAGUACAGCCAGUUGACGCGGAUGAGUCAGUUGGUGUUGAUCGAUCAAGGGAUUAUCGUUCUGAACGAUGGUGUCGAAACCGAACGGAUCGAUCUGAGGAAGGUACGGGCGUAUUUUGGACAUGAAACCAGACGAAUCCAGUCCGAUUCGAUGCGGUGGACCGUGACGUUAAUCGAAAAAGAGACGGGGGAUGCAGAAUCGCAAUUUCUAGGGCACUUGAUCGGUGGAACUGAAGACGAUAUUCAACUGCUGUGGUAUUCCAGCAUAUGGUUUAGCUUGUACGAAAAUGAUAUUCUGCCACACGAGGAGUCCUAG